CUAUUAAGCAUGAGCAGUUAAAGUUCUUCUAGAAACUCUGCUGUCAAAGCAACAUUAAAGGUGUAUUCUGAAAUGAGAGAUGAUUAAAGUUGUAAAUUAGCCAUGAGAUUUACAUAAUUAAAAAUAGUUCUUGCUACUCAUAAAAUACUUGGAUAUUGUCAUAAAGUCAAAUCUAUGAGAUUAUAACAUUAUUUCGAUGUUUUGCUUUUAACAAAGACAUAAAAUACUCUUUCUAUCCCUAUUAUAAAUAAACCUUAAUAAGUUUAAAUGUAAUAUUUGACACCUCCAACAAAAAAGAAAAGUGUUAAAUUUUAACCAAAAUGUUCCAUAGCUUCUUGUCUAGUCUUAAAAUCUAUUAUGAAUAAACAUGUUCGUAGAUAUUUCACUAUUUUACAAUAUAAUCAAAACUUAAAAAUCAGGUAAAACUCUUUUAAUAAUAUUUUAUUCCAGUUAUUUAGAAAAAAGCAAACUUAGAACUUUGGAAUUCUCAAAAAAAAACAUUUAUAAUCAAAGACGUUUAGAAGAAUUAGUUUAAUAAUUAAUAAAAAAAUCAAUUCAAUUUAAUUCGAGGUUUUACUAAAUGUUCUAAACUAUAUAUACAAUACUAAUAUUCCUUCUCAAUAAGUAAGUUUAUUGGAUUCUGAGUUUUCUUAAUAGUAAUAAAUGACAUAAGGACAUAAUCAUGAUAUUCAUGAGCAUGAAAUAAAUAAUUAAAUGAUGAGUGCGAAAGAAUAAUUAGCAAUGAAGUUUGCUAGUACUUCAUUAUUAAUAGGGAUUUUAAGUUAAGUAAUGAUAAAAGCAUAAUUCGCAUUUUUAUUACAUUUAAGAUCUGGAUAAAACUCAAAAUAAGAUGUUCGAGAAGUUAAAUCUAUUGAUAUAAGUGAAAACUUUGAUUAAUCUUUGAUUGAAGAAGAAAAAAUAAAACCAAAAAUAAUUGCAGCUAAUUAAAUUUAUCAUUUCUUAAAUUAAUAACUCAAAAAAUAUUUCGAAUAAAUUAAUGAAGGUCCAUCAAGAAUCACUAGACCUUCAAUUAAAUUUUUUAAAGCAGAUAAAAAACAUAAAUCUUAGAAUUAGAAUUUGAAAUUAUUGAUAUUGGGACAGAAAAUAUUUAAAGAAGAUGAUCCUUAAUAAAAAAGUACAGAUAUAACGGUUAAUGAAAAAAAAGGUUCUUUUAAAGCUUUACCUGGAGUUCGUUAUGUGACAUAAUAUUCAGAUAUUUCAAAGAAUGCAUUUUCAGAUGUAAUAUUUUCAUAUUAAAAAUAUAGAGUGAAGUAACUGAAAAAUCAAUAAUUACAGAUUGUGUUAAAACAUUAGACAAUAUAUAAACUUCUGUUCUAAUGAAAAAUGAAACUAAUCAAACUCAACAACAUAGACCAAAUGAUAAAAAAGAAAAAUUAAAUUCUGCAAUUCAAUAAUUUUGUAUAUUUGAAUAUCAUUAAUUUAGUGACUCCAAAUAUGACUAAUAAAAAUUCCCCUCAAAAAGUAUCAAAAAAAACAAUUGAAUAACAAGUCGAGAAGAAAUUCUCAAAAUUACAACUUUUAUACAGUUUGCCAAUAAUUAUAAUAAUCUUCAUCGUAAUUCUGAUGAAAUGA